GCUUGUACACUCGAAAGCAAUUAGCCAUAGAGGGCAUUGUACAGAACAAACUUCAUUUUUUGCAGAGACAGUAAUGUCGAAUAAACAACGGCCUACGUUGCCUCCAAAGAGGACAAUUAAUACGAAGCUAUCAACUCCUGUUCACAUUGCUCCUUCAGUAAACUCUGAAUACUCUCGUUUGACACCGCAACGACAUAGUCCUCCUGGGUUCGGAAAUCAUCGAGUAUCGUCAGCCCGAGAUUUAUUUCAAAGAAGACAAAAUGCUCAAAAAAUAGACCAUCCAUUGGGUUGGAUACUAAAGAACCGUCAUGUGGACGCAAGUUCUCAUAUUCCUCAACGAACGACAAAGACAUCGCAAAAGUUGGUACUUUUACCUGAGGACCAUGCCGUCAAUUCGUUUGAAGAAGAUCCUAGUGUCUAUGAAGAUAUGGUGCCUUUGAGUUCGUAUAACAUGAUUAAGUCGGAAAACCUUUCCAAAGACAAAAGAGAGGAAUUGGGAUUUCCACGAGCUACCGCUUACUCUAUAUGUGAUGCCUUUCAAUUACCAAAGGUAAAACAUUUCCUAAGAACAUAUCACAAGGUCAGACCAAAAAAGUAUGAUGAAACCCUGUACGCUGUCUAUCAUUUACCAUUGGUGUAUGGAAGAUCAGAAUCCUGUCGAAUUGCCAGUGGUCCUCCACCGCCAACGGAGCAAGAAGAUUCUCCUUCUACCUCUUCUGAUCAAUCACAGCUACAGUUUAAUGACGAAUCCAAUUCCACUUCCUCUCAGCCGGCAAGUUCAAUUGCUCAAAUGUACCGCAUCUCAGAAAUUUUUGUUUUUUCCUAUGGUGUCAUAGUGUUUUGGAAUUUCUCUCUAGGCCAAGAAAAAGAUAUUUUAGCAGAUUUAACUUUUGCUGGUGGUGAAAACUCGCUGAUGAUUAAACCUUUGGCCGAGGAAGAAUGUGAGGUCGAAGAUUUACAUUUUCAUUAUGCUCCACAUACCAAACGCCCCCGUAUUUACAACGAUAUGAUUCAUAUUCCUUCUGCCGAUAUCAAAAUGAAACUUGUAAUGUCUCAUGCUCUAGCACAAUCCGUCAAGCUUUCUAGGUUUGAACUUAGGACAGACGUGACAAUGAACUCGGCCCUUGUUUUCCCAAAAAAGCUUGCUUUAUAUGGUCAUUUGGGGCUCUCCAGAGCCGAGGUUAUUCGAAUGAGUGGACAUUUAUUUCAGUUACGUGUGGAUGUAAAUUUAAUCAGUAAUGUCUUGGAUACGCCAGAAUUUUUAUGGGAUUCCGAACCCUUGCUGCUACCGUUAUACACAGCUUUUAGAGAAUAUUUAGAAAUCGGGCCUCGGACAAGUGUGUUAAAUAAGCGCUGUAAGGUUAUAUUUGACAUGCUUGAUAUUUUUGGAAAAUCAAGUGCAGACAGAAAAAUGAAUUCCAUAACGUGGAUUAUCAUUAUUCUUAUCACUUUUUUCAUGAUUAUUUUUAUGUUUGAGGUUAUACUCCGUUUAAAAAUAGCAAAAAGCUAAACUUAUUAAUUAUUAGUUGUUUUUAAUUUCAAUGGGGUAAAACUCUAGUUAGGUCUUUCGGUUUCUUUACGAUUAGAAUAAAUGGUUCAUUAUUUCUUCUAUUUCGAUAAACAUAGGUAACUCAAAACUGCCCCUCUCAAAUCCAUUCUAAAUAUAUCUUGCC